CGCAGUUUGAACAAGAGAAGUCUUAAAUCAUCAUACAAUUUUCCAAUUAUAGCAAGAAAUAUUUGUUUUAUCUCUGCACUUCUGUGUGUUUUAUGUGCUUUAUUGAUAAAAAAAUUAGGAUUAGGUCCACAGCAAAUUCCCGAAGAAGUUCAAGUAUACGGCGUUUGGUUCCAAACAUUCCAAAGCUUAUACAGUGUGGUAUUCCAGCCAAAGGUUGAACCAUCUGAAUCAUCCUGGACUCCAUGGAAUCAGCUCACGUCCUCUCUGACACAAACAACGACAACUGUCAAAUAUAUUUUGGCAGCCUCUUCUUUAUCAAUGUUUGAAUCAAUGACAAAUGCAACAGAUUAUUUAACAACACAUUUUAUAUCAUCUAUGAACAGAACAAAACAUGUCACAGAAGAAACAUGGAUGUUGACUAUGAACAAAACAAGACAAUUUACAGAAGGCACCUGGUUGCUAAUUACUACCAACUCUACCAUCCUCAGCUAUUUUUAUCUUUUCCAAACUUUCAUGUUUCUCAUAGGCAUUUUACUAUUUGUGAUUUUGCUAUGGAAAUUCUGUGACAGGAGAUUUUUAAUAACUGGAAAUAUUCUGGAAGCCAGUGGAGAGAGCAGAGACAGGGAGGUGAAUGCAAAGAGAACAGACACCAGAACACGAAAUAAGAAAUUAAAUGGCGAUUUAAUACCCAGUGAGGAAUCUACACCUCUUGUACUAAGAGAGAUCCUGACUGGAGAGACCACAGUAAACUUGAGUUGGAGACAGUGUGUGUUGUACAUAUUGCUGGUUGCUACGGUGAUUAGUAUUCCUUGGGAGUUCAUCAGAAUGUACCAGCAGGAGGUGGCAAAUAAAGCUGCCGUCUUGUAUGCAGGCACUCCCAAGGAAUGUCUCCCGGAGUCUCUAGGUCUUCUCCCCUCCCUGAAGGCAUGGUUCCACUGGGCUUUCUCCUGGGAUCACAGUCCAUGUGCUAAAUACCAUUAUGCUGUCAUGGUGGACCCUCUCUGGGAGGUGACACCUGCUGUGGUCCUGUCAUCUGCUUUCACCAAGUGUAUAACAAAACCCCUGGAGAUCCUCUGCAGUGGUCUGGGGCGAUGCUUUCGUCUUCUGCUCACUGAGAUUCCAGUCCAAUGGCAGCCCGUAGUGAUGCUGGUUCUCAUCCUGUUUCUAUUGAUCGUCACCAUUAUGCUGUGCAGUUAUCGCAUCUCUCUUCCACUAUUUCUGAAAAUUGAGCCUUCGCGAUGCACGCCAGAUGUAAUAAGGGCACUGUCAAGAGUGUUGCAUCAUGGGAAAGGUGAUCACGUCCAACUGAGGGUACCUGCCACUAGAGAGCAGCACUCAGCAAUACAGGACAGUGGCAAAAGGACUAAAGCAGUUAAAAAUAGUACUGUGAAAAGAGCUAUCAAUUUUCAAGAGGAUUGAUAAGUCUUGAUGAAAGAGACAUUUACACAAACUUUCAGUUGGUACCUUUUCUUGCCUUCAGUUGUUUCUCAUGCAGAGAUAUUAACAGUUAUAUGACUAAUAGUUAUAGCAUCGAAUAUCAGCUUGCAGGUUAGAGUGUAGAGAAAGGAAUUGACAAGUUUUAGCUCUUCUCCAUGGAUAUUUUUGAAAAUACAGUAGACUGCAUAACUUGGAUUAUCCUUUAUCUUAAAACAAGGCAGCAAAGCUGUCAAAUGUACAGACAAAAACCAGAAAAUAAAAACGCAGGAAAUAGGAUACUGUCAAUUCUGAUUAACUAAUGUAUGAUGCUUACUGUAACUGCAUAGCCAACAUCAAAUUCUUAUUCUGCAUAACAUUGGAU